AUGGGAUCCCUCACACCACCCACGCUGCCAGCCAAGCAGGCCAUCAGCGAACCUUACUUCGACCUCGGCAAGCUCAGCCGCACAGUGACGACAGGAUCGGCGGGAGCCCAGGCGUGGUUCAAUCGAGGCUUGGUCUGGACAUAUUGCUUCAAUCACGACGAGGCCAUCUUUUGCUACAAGCAAGCCCUCCUUUACGAUGACGGGUGUGCACUCGCGUACUGGGGCGUCGCGUUCUGCGCUGGUCCCAACUACAACAAGACGUGGGCGCUGUUUGACGAGCAAGACCGCAUCAAUGCGGUGCGGUCGUGCUACCGAUACGCGCAGCUGGCGCUCCAACAUGCCAGCAAGGCGACAGAUUGGGAGCAGGCCCUGAUCGAGGCCCUUGCCAAGCGGUAUCCCGACGACGAUCUGAACAAGGACUUUGUCGCCUGCCAGAGGGCAUACGCAGAUGCCAUGCGAAGUGUGUACCGUCAAUUCGAUCCCAAUGACUUUGAUCUCAUCACCCUGUUUGCCGACGCGCUGAUGAACUGUGCCCCGAGGAAGCUGUUCGACACCGCCACCGGUCUCCCCAUCACCACCUCGCCCGUCCUCGAGGUCAGGCAGCUUCUGGAAAGGGCGCUGACGCUACCGGGUGUCGAGAAACACCCAGGGCCUGCACACAUGUACAUUCACCUGAUGGAAAUGUCAGCGACGCCCGAGGCAGCACUCCCGGCGGCCGACAUGAUCCGCGAGCAGGUCCCCGACACGGGCCACACAUACCACAUGCCCGCGCAUAUCGACGUGCUCAUCGGAGACUAUCGCAGGGCUGUCGAGUACAACUUCAAAGCCACGACAGCCGACGACAAGUUCUUCGCGCGACGCAGCGCCCCCACGUUCUACGGCUACUACCGUCUCCACGACUACCACUCGCUCAUCUACGCGGCGAUGCUGGCAGGCAAGUCCAAGGCGGCGCUGUCGGCGACGGACCGAAUGGAGGCCACCAUCGCAGAGGACGCGCUUCGUACUGAGACGCCCGCGCUCGCCAACUGGAUGGAAUUCUUCUUGGCUGUCCGCGUCCACGUCCUGAUUCGGUUCGGCAUGUGGGACCAGCUCAAGGGCCUGGAGCCGUUGGAGGACGCAGACCUGUACUGCGUGACGAAUGUCAUGAGGUAUUACGGGAAGGCGAUCGCACACGCGUCAACCGGCCAGCUGGACGAGGCCGACAGGGCGCGUGAGCUCUUCAGGCUUGCUGCCCAGCGUGUCCCCCCUACACGCCUCGAUUUUCCGAACAGGGUGGUGGAUAUCCUCCAAGUGGCCUCCGCGAUGCUCGACGGCGAGAUGGAGUACAGGAGACGCAACUACAUUGUUGCAUUUGCCAGGCUCCGCGAGGCCAUAUCCCUCGAAGACGGACUGGGGUUCGCCGAGCCCUGGGGAUGGAUGCUUCCUGCGCGCCACGCCUUUGCGGCUCUCUCGCUGGAGCAAGGCUCGAUCGAACAGGCCGCGCAAGCGUACGCGGAGGAUCUGGGUCUGACACCGACGCCAGGGCGCGCCCACCAGCACCCGAACAACGUCUGGGCGCUGCAUGGCUACCACGAGUGUCUGGGUCGGUUGGGGCGCACGGCGGAGGCGACUAUCAUCAGGCAGCAGCUCAAACUGGCGCUGGCAGAGGCGGAUGUCUCUAUCACCUCGUCGUGUUUCUGCCGACUUGGGGCCUGCGAGGAGCAGACAGCGGGUGACUGUUGCUGA